AUGUCUCUAUUGUCCGCGGCGGCGGCGGGACCCGGGACAGCGUGGGGCAGCACGGCCGCGGCUUCUCCGGCCCAGCCGUCGACAGCGGCCGACCGGCGCGCGCGCUCUCGCUUGCCAAAUCUGCCCACGACCGAGGUCGAACAGAACUACACCGCAGCAGCGAAGAAGGCGAGAUUUUUCAACGUGUUUCAGGUGAUUCGAUUUCCGAACACGGAGUGCGUGAGCAACGAAGAGGGCACCAACGGCACCUGCUACCUGCCCGACGAGUGUUCGCAGGCCGGUGGCAGCGCGCGGGGCUCGUGCGCAGAGGGCUACGGCGUCUGCUGUGUCUUCUCCGCCGGCUGCGGCGAGGCGAUCAGCCGCAACAACACCGUCUUCCGCGGCCCGGGGAACCUGACGUCGCCCUUCAACUGCAGGCUGACCGUGAGCAAGAUCAACGAGAAUAUCUGCCAGAUGCGGCUCGACUUUGACCAGCUGAGCCUGGCCUCACCGGACGCUAACGGCGUAUGUCGUCAGGACCAGUUCACGGUGAUCGGCGCCGCGUCCUCUCAGCCGCCCGUCAUCUGUGGCGUCAACGGAGGCCAGCACAUGUACGUGGACGUCAGCCCAGGGUCGGGGAGCCAGCUCACGCUGCAGGCCACCACGUCCGGCACAGAGACGACCGCUAGGGAUUGGAGAGUGAGGGUCUCACAGAUCGCUUGCGACAACCCGGCGAGGGCUCCCGCGGGAUGCCUGCAGUACUACACCAACUCGACUGGCACCAUCAAGUCGUUCUCGUUCGACACGAACGAAGCCGGGCCUCACCUGGCCUCGCAGCGGUACGCCAUCUGCGUGAGAACCAACGCCGGCUUCUGCGGCAUCCAGUAUGACGCCUGCUCCGCGCUGAACAACUUCACUGUCAGCGAGAGCCUCGGCGCCGUCAAGGGCUCGUCGUGUACCGACGACUUCCUCACGAUCGCCACUGUGACGCCGGACGGCUUCACGGGUACUCCUCAGGACCGCCACUGCGGCACCGAGUGGUCCGGCGACACCUCCGGCGUAGGUCCCGGCGUCACAUUCAGCCGACCUUUCGUCGUGUACGUGCGCUUCAACGACAACGAGACGACCGUGGAGCAGGAGGGCAGCAACCGAGGCUUCUGCCUCGACUACACGCAGGUGCCUUGCAGCUCCGUCAGCAGUACGACCAGCAUGUUCCAGCGGCUACAGUUGCCGCCGCCCGAUCCGCUUCUGCAGCGGCCGGCUCAGCACGUCAGCAGCGGCGUGCUCAGCGUCAGCAACCCGGCCGACACGCAGCUGCUGAGCUUCGGUCAGAGGCCUCAACGGCCGCUUGGUCAUGGCGCCCGCGCUGCCAGGCCCAGCUGGCAGCAGAGGGCCAACUUCUACUACGGCUAGGGCCUGCGCAGAGGCGCGCAAGGGAGCCGCGCGGGCCUGCUCUCCCACCGUAGUGGUUCUGCAAUGCUCUGGCGUCGGGGAAAACUUGAGGUGAGAGCCAGAAGCGUGCCGAAUUUCCCACUGCCGACCUCCACACACCAAGCCGUGUACAAGAAGCCCGAACGAGGGCACUACGGAGAUGAUGAGAGCCUGCAGCCGAUUCUCACCAUAGAUGAGAGCCUGCAGCCGAUUUUCACCAUAGAUGAGAGCCUGCAGUCGAUUUUCACCAUAGAUGAGACCCUACAGUCGAUUCUCACCAUAGAUGAGAGCCUGCAGCCGAUUUUCACCAUAGAUGAGACCCUGCAGUCGAUUCUCACCAUAGAUGAGGGCCUGCAGCCGAUUUUCACCGUAGAUGAGACCCUGCAGUCGAUUCUCACCAUAGAUGAGACACUGGAGUCGAUUCCCGCCAUAGAUGAGAGCCUGCAGCCGAUUUUCACCAUAGAUAAGACCCUGCAACCGAUUCUCACCAUAGAUGAGACCCUGCAGCCGAUUCUCACCAUACAUGAGAGCCUGCAGCCGAUUCUCACCAUAGAUGACAGGCUGCAGCCGAUUCUCACCAUAGAUGUCCCUUAUGCGGUCUCCCUCGGGCCCAUCCAGGUCGGGCUCGCUCCCUACAAAAACAGUGCGUGCGCUUAUGUUUAUACUAAGCAGCGCGUAGCCACUCCCAUCGGGGAUGUGCCGUGACCGACGCGGACGUGUCAGCGGUACGCAUAAACGUGGGCGGUGGGGUAUGGAGGCAAAGCGCUGGUCGCUUGUUGAUGCUGUCAAAGUCUGAUUCUUGGGAAAAUGGGUAUCGAGGCUAAGUAGUCGCCUGUCUGCAAACGGCCAUACUUUGUGUGGCUAAACAUGCAUAAAACUGGCGCAUGCUUUCGUGAUGCAUGCUAUCCUCCUUUUUGCCAAUGAUUUCUUUUUGCACUGUAAUAGUUACGUGCACUUGAUGUGGGUCCGAUGGGAGGCGAGAGCCACCUGAUGGUACCGUCAUGACGUCACCGUUUUGGUCCAGACUUAUCGGGCUGAAAGGAUGACGCAAAAACGGCAAUAAUUCUCUUGGUGUUCUGGAUUUUUUGGUUGAAUGUAUCAGUUUGCAUCCAUAACUGUAUGCUAGUCCCCCCCCCCUUUGCUGUCAUUCGCCAAAAUAUUAGAUCGCAUACCUGAAAUCUUCCACUUAGAAAAAAUGCGGGCGGCGAUUUUUCGUUGUGUUCAAUCCCUUAAAAGACGUCAUUGCUUCCUGGUGGGGUUAUGAAAGCUCGCUUCACAGUUAAACAGCUAGCAGUAAUGUCCGCAUAGCGUGUAUGCGUCAGGAGCAUGGGAAUAAGGGAUUUGUUCCUGCUGCGGAUGAAAGGAUAACACAUAAUUACGCGUUCACUCAACAAGUGUUAUGUCAUGGGAGGGGCGUUGCACUUUGCAGGACAGAACACAAAAUUUCUUAUAGGAAGAAGAAACGCUGGCAAUAUUCAUUUAUAGCUCCGUCGUGUCUACAUGUCACCAAGACGGCCUGGACUACGAGAGAGGACGCAAAACGGCUUCAAAAUGUUUUCACUUAUGCAAGCUCUAAGCUGCUGCUGUCACGAUCCCUGCAAGGACCCGCGGACAGAGCCAAUUACUAAUGCUUGCAUCAUAGAUGCUCUGACGCGCUGAUAAUGACGACAUCCCUUCAUGUGACGCAUGUGCGAAACACGACCGAUGCUGGAGCCACCUCAUGACCCCUCCAGGCCGCCUGCCGACAAUGUUGUUAGCCUGCGAAGUCGGACGUGUAGUUCUCCUCAAACGGGACCGCUCUCUGAGCCGCCCGCUGGCCAGGUCACAUCUGACGAGCCGCCUGACUCUGAGCCGCCCGCUGGCCAGAUCACAUCUGACGAGCCGCCGUUCUCUGAGCCGCCCGCCGGCCAGGUCACAUCUGACGAGCCGCCUGACUUUGACUCCGCUGUCUGUUCACACAUCCAGCGUAGCCGGAUAGUGCACUGGUUACUUCUCGCACAGGGCACUGUUGUUAAAUAUA